GCAAGACAUGUACAACUCUAUAAAGCAAAAGAUCAGAGAUGCCUGAAGCCAAAGCAAUCCUUCCCACACAGACAAACUCACAGCCAGAGCCAUAAUACAGUGCUUCAUUUCCAAGUCACUUGAAAAAUAAAUUUUAAGAAAACAAAAAAAAAAAAACAUUUUCUGAAAAAUGUUAUAUAAGGCAAGCAGCACCUCAACAAACAUACUCAUCACAGAUCUGAAAAUGAGCACAGCUACUCCUAUUGCAAUAGGCACCAGAGGCACUGUAGGAUCGCUCGUCAGACGAGAGAUCGAGUAUUUUCGAAGGGUUGAUCAGGUAGACUGUGGUGAAACGUCUAAGAAACUCGACCCCAAAAAGUAUGUAGGAGUCUCUAGUAAAACUACAAGUUUCCCUACUAGUCGAGUGAAGACAUCUUCUUCCUCCUCUUCUUCUUCGUUUGGAUCGUUACUGAGCAUGAGUUGGGGAAAGAAGAGGCGAAGCAACAACAACAGCAGUAAGAAUAAUAAUAGCAGUAGUUUUCUGCCUAGUAUGUGUUCUGCUGUGGAUGUCUCAGAAAGCAAGAAGUUUGGUGGGUUUAGUUAUAGGAGCCUCAAAACAGAUGGUACUUAUUAGUAUUGAAGAACCUUAAACCUUUUCAGUUUCCCUUCUCUGUAAAGUAGUAUCUUUUUAGUAUCAGAAACUCUAGAUGGUCUGUUUUGUUCUGUUGUUUGUUGCACAAAGCUGUAGAUGAUCCUUAGUUGUCGAUUCUUGUGUUUCAAAGGAUGCUUUUGAUGAAUCAAUCUGGUGAAAGAUCUUUCAGA